GCGUGUCUCCGGUGACGCUGUGUGGCUGCAUCAGCUCACGGUUGCACCGCGACACUUCGCAGAGACGUGUUUUUUCUCCCACUCCCUCAGAAGCACAGUGGGGUCUAGCGCACGCUCCACAAUGGAGACUAAACCGGUCAUCACCUGCCUUAAAACGCUGCUCAUCGUUUACUCCUUCGUCUUUUGGAUAACAGGAGCCAUCCUGCUGGCAGUGGGAGUAUGGGGGAAGUUGAUGCUGGGCCCGUACAUCUCUCUGAUCGCCGACAACUCCACCAACGCCCCGUACGUCCUCAUCGGCACCGGCACCGUCAUCAUCGUUUUUGGCCUGUUCGGAUGCUUCGCCACCUGCAGAGGAAGCCCAUGGAUGCUGAAGCUGUAUGCCAUGUUCCUGUCGCUCGUCUUCCUCGCCGAGCUGGUGGCCGGGAUCUCUGGAUUUGUGUUUCGCCAUGAGAUAAAGGGGACCUUUCACAGGACGUACACCGACGCAGUGCUGAACUACAACGCCGAGGACGAGGCGAGCCGCGCCGUGGAUAACCUGCAGCACCGGCUGCGUUGCUGCGGAGUGUAUAACUACACCAGUUGGUUUGGCAGUGUGUAUUACCCGUCCAACGGCAUUCCCGCCAGCUGCUGCUUUAAGUCCUCCGACUGCAACCCGGACGACCUCCGCAAUGCAACUCUAGCCGCGAGCAAAGUCUACCACCAGGGCUGCUACGAGCUGGUCACUUCAUUCAUGGAGACCAACAUGGCCAUUAUUGCGGGAGUGACGUUUGGGAUCGCCUUCUCACAGCUGAUUGGCAUGUUGCUGGCCUGCUGUCUGUCCAGGAUCAUCACAGCCAAUCAGUAUGAGAUGGUUUAGCUGAUGUGAGGUGGCAGGGAGAUGAAGAGAAGAAGAGACAAAGAGCCUUGACACAUGACGACAGUAAAUUCCCGAAAACACUAUCACGCGUCUGACUUUGAAUUUACCUCCCUCCGUCUCUCUGCCUGUGAAUCUUAAUGUAAUAUCUUAAUGUAUCUUACUGUAAAGCACCAUUCCUCGACUCACCGCUGUUGCAUCAAAGCGUUCUAUACCACAUAUCCCACCGUUGCUUGAUGUAGAGGGUUGCUCAUUAGCACAUAUCUCAGAUCAGUGCGGCCUACAACGAGCAGGUAGACCGGGGUUGUCUGGGUUGACGGCGGCGCUGGUCUCAGAUAAGUGGAAUUGGGUGGAACUCGGCUUCUCGGUCGGCUGCAGCAUGCUCCGCCGAGCGUCAUCAGAAGACCACCGCACAUGUUUGUACAGAACGACAUUACCGAGGCUUGAAAGUAACACUUAAAUAGAUAGGUUUAGUUUUGCAUUUGACUUUGCUAUUGUUCGCCAUUGUAUAUUCCUAUGGUCGUGACAUUUUGUGAACUCAUCGUGUGCACUGAGGAGGAUAUUUUAAGUUUAUAUGAAAUUUAAGGGAGCCGACUUGCGUAUUUUUACCUGUAGAUGAGGCAUGAUGUUUUUUGACCUGAUUAUCCAACCCAAAAGCAGAUUAUGAUGUAAAUUGUGUGUUAAGAUUGUAAUUCAGUAUCAAAUACAGCUUUAGCCGGGGAUAAAUACACAAGAACACAGAUUCCAAAUGGGACGAUUACCUGUCCCGCUCUACUGCCCACAGUUACUUAAAAUAAUGCUCUUUGCUCCUACUUACACUUAUGAUACUUAAUGUAACUCAAUCAUAUUUUUUAUGGGGGGGUUUUUGAGGGGAAAGAAAACUAACCAAAUAAAUAACGCCAGUUGUGGCAUAAAUCAACUGAAGGCCGAGUCACACCAGAAAUUGAUGUUUCAGUAUCUCUGCAGUAAACGGGACGAUAAGUUCAAGCAGCUCAUCCAAAAAGACGGAGUUGCACCAUCGACUCCUGUCUCAUAACUGUCAAAAGUCCAUUUUGUGGAGCAUCUUGUACGCCCACAGAGGAGGGUAAAUAAAAACGGAUGACACUACACAGCUUAUGUGCUGCAAUAACUCCCUCAGUGUUGCCACUCUGUUGUUCCCCUAAAGGCCAGUUCUGCUAAUCCAUCCGUCAAGAUGACUUGUUAUAGGUCAACGGCGCAAAUUGGCUUUUCAUUGAAAUUAAUUGAUUUUGCCACAAAAAUCCAGUAUUAAACGCUGGUGGGACCCGGCCGUGUCGGGCUCUAAGUCAAGCCUUACACUCUGUUAUUUUAGAGAUUUGUGUGCUUCAAGCAAUGCAGAGAAUCAUACAGAUGACAAUGCUUCUCUAAAGGCACUCAUAGCGUUACACCCGGCUGUCAGAUGAAAUGUGACAGAGUCUUCAGUGUGAAUAAUAAAGGAGAGAGAUUGAGAGGGAAGGUUAAGUCCUGCCAACGUUCACACCUCCGCACAGCUGGCCGAUCUGUGCGUACAAUGUGCUGCUCAACGAUCCAACAAGCACUUCAUUUGGCGCACACUGACACCUUCGUAAUAUUUCAGUACUUGUCUUGUGGUUCAUCUAAAAGUAACUGACUAAAUUCCAAAAUGUCAAGAAUUAGCUUUAAAGAGCAACUUAAAUUUAGAAUCUUGUUGAUUUUUUGCCGACAAGGAUUCUGGGUUUUUAAAGGUUUCAAUAUGUUAGAGAUACGCAGGACUCCAGCAGUGUUCAUCUAGAAUUUACAGUAUCCUAUGCAGUGCAUCAACACGCCAUCAUCAUCAUCACCUGUAGAUAUUUAUGGGAAAUGUAAUUUAUAUGACGUAAUGUUUCUCAUCCUAAUAAGCUAAUCAGUAUAAAUGUUGUGUCACAGUUUUGAUUCCGCACACCGUGCCGUUAGUCUGUAUUUGGUUGAUUAGUUUGUAGGAAAAACUCGUACUGGAAAAAUAAUUGUGGCCAAUGUUUUUGUUGAGAGUGACGUGCAACCUGUAGGUGUUUCAAUUUUAGCUGUGUAUUUAUUAUGGUUUGGUUGGCAUUAAGUUUACACCAAGUGAUUUUCUAUCGCUCUUUCAGUAUGUGUGCGUGUGAGUGAUUUUUCUGUCUUUUAUUUGACUGUCUCCUGAACCUCGAGUAUGUCUUUUCCUUGUGUGUGUGUGUGUGUGUGUGUGUGUGCGUGUGUGUGUGUGGGGGGGGGGUGAGAGAGAGAGAGAGAGAGUCUAGAUUUCGUGGAUCCCGCUGUCUUCAUUUUUGGUCAGUAUUUGGUCGUAGCUUUUCAAAGCUUGUCACUUAAACUGUGAAUUUAUUUAAGUGACUGUAUGUUUUCCGACGCUCCUUCCCUAAACUGAUAUUGUGCUGUAAAUACUAAACUGUAAUACCAUCCUGCUUACACAUGGGGUCACCAGACACUGGAAAAGAAUGGCACCACGCUGUCUGCUAUUGACUAAGUCACCAUCAGUGGUCUUAUUAUCAAUAAAUAUAUAGAAUAACAAA